CAACGCCAAACCCGCACGCCAACAAAGGAAACAAACAGUCGAAGCCUGGAAAGAUGAGGAGAAGCCACCACCUUCUCGUGCUCUGCCUCCUGAUAGCCGCCGCCGCCGCCGCCGCCUCAGCGUCUCAGCUGGCGUCCAAGCCCCGGGCGCCCGCGGUGAGCCCCGCGGCGGCGGCGGACUUCGUGCGCCGGUCGUGCCGCUCGCUGGCGGGCACGGGGUACCCGCGGGACUGCGAGCGGAGCCUGAUGCCGCGGGCGCCCGCCGUGGGCCGCAGCCCGCGCCGCCUGGCCCAGGCGGCCCUCGCCGUGGCCGCCGACCGCGCCCGCGCCUGCUCCGCCUACAUCGGCGUCUCCCCGAAGGGGAAGGGUUCAAAGGGCGGCGGCGCCAUGGGGGACUGCGCGGAGACGGUGCGCGACGCGGCGGGCCUGCUGCGGCAGUCGGCGGCGGAGGUGGGCGCGGGCCGGAUGGGCCGGGCCUCGUCCCCGCGGUUCGCGUGGCGGCUCAGCAACGCCCAGACAUGGGCCAGCGCCGCCCUCACCGACGCCGACACCUGCCUCGACUCCCUCGCCGCCUCCGGCGCCGGCGGAGCCCCCCGCGACGACGUCAGGCGGAGGGUCGUCGCCGUCGCGCAGGCCACCAGCAACGCGCUCGCGCUCGUCAACCGCCUCCAGCCAGCCGCCCCCCACCCACCACCAGCAGUAGCCACCUAAACUCCAUGAUCCAUCCUCCUCACGACAUUGCUGCGGCGGCUGCUAGAUACUACUACUACAGUAUGUACCCAUCGAUUCGAGCCUGUCAGAUCAAUUCCUCGCGACGUACUGCUAGUGAAAGCAAUUCCAUCGAAUUCAUCCUGUUUUUGCCCCUUGUUUCAUUGUUCGUGACUGCGUUCUAUGCAGUAACAACAUUUGCUGAUUUUGACGGUGUAUGGCGGGUGGAUCGAUGAGGAACGUACCAGUACAGAUCGUCUUUAUUGUUAGCCAAUUUGUAGCUCGUCCAGGACCAGAAAGGAAGGAGCCAGCAA